GGUUACCUCCCGUUUUCUCCCCUUAAAUGCCCAGUCAGCAAGUUUUGCCCCAACUCCCUUUAAACCUACAUCUCAUUGAACGCUGACUCAUUAAAUACUCCAUCCACCCAUAUUCGACCAUUAAAAGCUGGAGCAGGUUGCGUAAAAGGUAGAAGGACAUGGCGGCUUCAUCGUCUUCUUCGCUGGGAAGGAAACUGAGUGCGUAUGACCCGAACUGUCUGUGUGGUGUCAAAGCUCGCUUGUGUACAACCCGGGAAAGUGGGCGACAGUUUUAUGGAUGCCAAAGAUGGAAGGACGGUUUAGGCUGCGGAUAUUUUGUAUGGAAAGAGGAUUUAACAGGUUUGCAUGAAGAAAAAGAAGCAUACAUGGGGGUCCCUGGCUCAAAGGAAUGCUCAAAUCAUGACCUGAAAAGGAUGAUGUUAGUGAUGCAGCGUGACAUACAAACCAUCAAACUGAUUCUUGAAAGUGAAGCUAAAGAGAAGUUGUUUUGGAAGAGAAUGUGUCAAGGGGUUGUGAUGUUUGUUGUUGCAGCUCUCAUUCUUAAGAAAUUGUAAUAGAUUAGUGG